UCUGGACGAAGUCUCAAGUCUGUGAUCUGAUCUCCUGUCAGUGGUUGAAUUUUAGAGGUUAGAUUUUGAAGCAAAGUAAUUUUAUUACAAAAUUAAAUAGAAAAGUAUUCGUAAAUAGCAAAUCCUAUAAUUCCUAUAUAAUAAAAAUGGAUUCCUUGUCUACCGGAUCAUUAAGUGGAGUUCAAAAGGAGGAGUUGAUGGAUCAGGUUAAGCAACAAAUUGCGAUCGCCAAUGCCCAGGAACUUCUGACGAAAAUGUCCGAGAAAUGUUUUAAAAAGUGCAUAAACAAACCAGGAACGUCUUUAGAUAAUUCAGAACAAAAAUGCAUAGCAAUGUGCAUGGACAGAUAUAUGGACGCUUGGAACCUUGUAUCAAGAACCUACAGCAGUCGCAUUCAACGAGAAAGAAAUAAUAUGUAAACUAUUCUCAAGUGUUCAAACUUACGUUGUGCUGUAAAUAUAGAGAAUGUAGUACCGGUGCAUUUUUGAUGUGAGUUGCGUCUACCAAUUGUUAUAUUUAAAAUAAAAAAUGUUUUAGGUUAUGUAAA